AUGGACCGAGCUGCAUCUAAAAAUAAUGCAAUUGUGACCGGCGCACACCCAAGCUAUGAUGCUGUUGAUCUUGAGAACUGCACCGAUGAAGUCCAUGAACUUCGAAAAUUCUACCUGCCACCUGUAUACAGCAUGAUCUUUUUUGUGGGAUUUCUGGGCAACAUCCUGGCAAUAUGUCUUUACAUUUCCAAGAUGAGGCCUUGGAAGAGCAGCACCAUUAUUAUGUUCAAUUUGGCCUGCACUGAUCUCCUCUACUUAAUCAGCCUCCCUUUCUUGAUUCACUACUAUGCCAAUGGGGAACACUGGAUCUUUGGGGAUUUUCCAUGCAAGUUCAUCCGCUUCAGCUUCCACUUUAACUUGUACAGCAGCAUCCUCUUUCUGACUUGUUUCAGUAUCUUCCGAUACUUUGCAGUUGUUCAUCCAAUAACGUCCUUUUCUGUUCGGAAAAAGGCAUGGGCAGUUGUGGCCUGUGCUGCAUCUUGGGUAAUUUCACUGAUAGCUGUGAGUCCUGUCCAUUUUUUGAUUACCUCGAAAACAAUGGAGAACAAAUCUCUUUGCCUUGACCUGACUAGCUCUGAAAACCUGGUUGUUAUCAGGUGGUAUGUCUGGCUUUUAAGUAGCUUGGUCUUCUAUUUGCCUUUAAUAAUUGUGACUCUUUGUUACAGUAUCAUCAUCUAUACCUUGGCUACAGGACCCAACACUCAAAACCCUUAUAAACAGAAGGCCCGUAAACUUGCCGUUCUCCUCUUAGUAGUCUUUUAUAUGUGCUUCCUACCUUUCCAUGUCCUUAGAGUACUUCGGACUGAAUUGAGGAUGUACCCAGUCAACUGCAAUGUUGAAAAGCAUAUCCACAUAGCCUACAUUAUCUUCAGGCCACUGGUUGCGGUGAACACGUGUGGUAAUUUAUUACUUUAUGCCAUGAUCAGUGACAAUUUCCAGCAGGCCAUUCAGUCUCUUUUGAAAUGCAAGUUGAACACCUUAAUAGCACAGACAGGAAGUAACAGUGAUUUCAGUAAGUCUGGAAUAUUAAACUUAUGA